UGAGCGGCAAAAAAGAGGUUUUGCGUUCCUCCAUCACAUUCACAUCCACAUCGCAAAAUGCCAGCACAAAUUCGUCCACUCACGCCCGAGUUGCAAAAGAAUGCCAAUGAGCUGCUGCAUGAAGUGCCCGAACGCAUCGAGUCCGACCUGGAGGCAUUUAAGACUUGGAUUUCUCAACAACCUCAUCUUACGCCCCGUACAGAUGAUCAAUUUCUGAUUGCCUUUCUACGUGGCUGCAAGUACAGCCUGGAGAGAGCCAAGUCCAAAUUGGAUCAAUAUUAUACGCUACGUACCAAAUAUCCAGAGAUCUUUAAUGUCACUGAUGUCGAUGGUGGUAAAUUUCGUGAAAUUCACAAGACUGGCACGAUAAUAUAUUUGCCCACACCUCUACAUGAUAAUGGCCCACGCAUUGGAUUGUGGCGUAUGGGCCUAAGCCCGGCCGACAAGUAUGCGAUUUUGGAGGUUAUGCAGGUAGCCCAGGCCAUGCAGGAGAUUGCUCUUAUCGAGGAUGACUAUGCGAAUGUCAAUGGCAUUGUUUUCAUUAUGGAUAUGAAGGGUGCCACAGUUGGACAUCUGUUGCAAAUGACACCAGCUUUGGCCAAAAAGAUGACAGUCUUCUCGGAAGAGGCUCUACCAUUGCGUCCAAAGGCGCAGCAUUUUGUUAAUACAAUUAGCGGGUUUGAGCCCAUUUUCAAUAUGUUCAAGCCUAUGAUGUCGAAGAAAAUACAGGCACGACUAUUUGUCCAUGGUGAUAAAAUGGAUUUGCUUACCAAGCAGGUGCCAUUGAAGUACUUACCCAAAGAGUAUGGUGGCGAGAAUGGUUCUGCCGAUGAAAUUGUGGCCGAGUGGGAAAAGAAAUUCGAUCAAUACAGGGAUUACUUUAAGGAUAAUGCCAAUUACAAGACAGUUGAAUCCCUUCGUCCUGGCAAACCAAUUGAUUUCGAUGGUCUGUUUGGCAUUGAAGGUUCCUUUAGGAAACUCAAUGUGGAUUAGGAUCCAUAUGCUUUGAAUUUAUUUUGCUGCUUGUUUGUUUUGUUAUUAUUA